UAUGGCUCCGGUUUAUCGCUAUCAAAGACAAAAUAAGUAACAAAGAGAUGGGCAAUCUUCGGGAUGCGUUCUCAAAGUCGAAGAGGAAGCUAAAAGAGUGUAAGAUAAGUGGAGCUGGUGCCCGUAACAUCAAAAAGUAUUACUACGCUGACCAAAUGCAAAUUUUAAAUAAAUUAUUCCAGACGAGGGAAUUUGCAGAAAGUUUAGAAGGUAGAACGGACAACAAUGAAGACGAAGAUGUUGAUACUUCACCCGAAGCCCCACUACCCACAAAGGAGACUAUCCAUGAGAUCCCCACACUGCGAGAACACAAAAGACGUCGCCAGCCUGAUGAAGUUGAGCUGAAAAUGAUAAAAGCAUUGAAAGAACCACCACUCAGUUCUCAUAUUUCUUUCUUUCAAGGGCUUUUGCCACAUUUGAACAAUUUUGACGACAGUGAAAUUCUUGAAUUCCAAAUGGGUGUUUUGGAAGUUAUUUCUAAAAUAAAGAACAAACGUAAAAACACUACUCAACCUCGACCCCUUCCAUCGCAAACACCUUCCUACUAUCCUAACAACAAUCCCUUCCCUCAGCAUCAAUCAUUUUCCACUAAUGUCUUAUUCAAAUCAAUUCAGCGCAAUUAACAGCUUCCAACCACAACAGUCCCAAACCCAGCCCCCAAAUCGCCAAACCCACCAAUUCAAUAAAAUUAAAUUAAUUU